CAAAUCGAUCUCACUGCACUGGUUCGGUUACUAUCAAGGCUCUGGACUGGGCUUCUCCUGAAAAAGUCCCAGACGUGGAUCUAGUAAUUAUGGUGGAUUGUAUCUAUUAUCUGGAUAGCAUAGACUGCCUCAUAAAUACUCUUAGUCUCUGUAAAACAGCAGAAAUUCUUUGUGUUUAUGAAAAAAGAGAUAUUGGUGAACCCGUAAUUGCUCAAAAAACUUUCUUUGACAAGAUUGUACAAUUUUUCAAGAUCAACACUGUGCCUAACUCGGACCUUCAUCCCGAUUACUCAUGCUGUGAUGAAAUUUCUGUGAUAAAGCUGUUGAGGAAGUAUUCUGAAGUUGUACUUUUAACCACACCCAGAAUGUAUCGAGACCCUACGACUUCUUCCAACUAUGAUCAAAUAAAAGUAACACAUUACUCACUUGAUUGGAAAGUCGAUUUUGUGGAGAAGAGAAUCGCCGGUUCAAUAUUGAUGACCCUGAAGGCUUUGACUACUGUGGAUAAAGUUGUUCUCGAUAUUCAUAGCCUGGAAAUCUCCUCGAUAGAACUGGAUGGACAGGGCUUGAAAUUUGACGUUGAAGCAGGGACGCCGAUUGGAGAAAAACUAAUCGUUCACUUGUCACCGCUAUCUGAGGGUCAAGAAAUAAAAAUUGAGAUCAAGUACUCGACAGCCAAAGAAGCAGCGGCUCUUCAAUUUCUUGAUAAAGAUCUAACUGCUGACAAGAAGGUAAACCGUUUACAAAGUUACGUAUUGUAAUU